AUGUCACACUUGCAAGCAUCAGAGCUAUUUUCAGUCAAGGGCCGCGUCGUCGUCGUCACUGGAGGAGGCUCAGGUCUCGGUCGUACAAUUGCCCACGCCCUCGCCGUAAACGGGGUAUCCAAGGUCUUCGUCUUAGGCCGGCGUGAGGAAGCCCUCCAACAGACAGCCACCCAAGAUCCCAACGUCAUUAUCCCAGUUAAAUGCGAUGUAUCGUCGAAGGAAUCCCUCGAUGCAGCAUACGAAGCCAUCGCUGCACAGACAGACCACAUCGAUGUUUUAUUCGCCAACAGCGGAAUAAUGGGUCCCGAUAUGCCCAUGCCUAAGCCUAAAGCCGACGGUUCUAUGCCAUCUAUCACUGAGGUCCGAGAUCAGCUAUACAAUGUCCCGAUGACCGAGUUCACCAAUGUCAUGGAUGUCAACGUGACAGGUGUCUACUAUACUGUUCUGGCCUUCUUGCCGCUUCUCGAUGCCGCCAAUUCGAAGAGACCCGCUCCUCAGCCUAAUGUGCUGUCGACACCUACUCCCCAGGUUAUUCUGACCGGGUCUCUUGCUGGGUUCAACCGGAAGCCGCCAUACAGCUAUGCUUAUAACGUAUCCAAGGCGGCGGUGCAUCAUCUCACCAAGAUGCUUUCGACGACCUUCACCUCUUAUAAUAUCCGUUUCAAUGGUAUUUCUCCCGGUCUUUACCAAUCCGAAAUGGCCCAGCAUAGCUUUAAUGACAAUGGAGUCCCGGAUGCUGGAAUCUCUGAUGGCUCAUUCCCGGUCGAUAUGAUUCCGUUGACUCGUGCUGGAAGUCAGCAGGAUUUUGCCGGUGUGGUCGUUUGGAUGACGAGCGCCUCGGGUGGGUAUUUGAAUGGUAACAUUCUGCUUACCGAUGGUGGUCGUCUCUCCGUUAUGCCCUCUACCUACUAG